AUGGAUGGUUUGAAUGUUCUGAUAACUGGAUCGACAACUGGAUUAGGUUAGUUUUUUUUUUUUAGAAAAAUUGAAAAUUUGUCUAGAAUUUUGUAGAAAUCCAUUAGAAUGGCCUAAAAAUUCUCAUAAUUUUUUUUCCAAAAAUUAAAACUUCUGAAUUUUCAAUUGCUCAGAUUAUAGAAUUUUGAAAACACAAUUUAUAAGCUGAGCAACGAAAAUUUCAAUUUUAGAUGUUAAAAACUAGUUUUUUUUGCUUCAGAAAAUAAUAAAUGCGUUUUGAAACCUUGUUGCUCAGAUUAUACUUUUUGCAAAUUAUUCAGAAAAUUUGCAGAAUCUAAUCGAGUUUCUUUCACCUGAGCAAUGCUAGUUGGAUUUUUCUAUUCAAAUCUGAGCUCAAGUUUUCAAAAAAAAAACCAACAACUAAAUUUUAUUUUGGGCCGAAAAUUCCACGUGACAAAAUUCAGAUAAAAAUUCAGGAUUCUGAUUUUUUCAGCCAAGAAUUCCACGUGGCAAAAUUCAGAUUAAAUAAUCAGAAUUCUGAAUUUUUCAGCCAAGAAUCCACGUGGCGAAAUUCAGAUAAAAAAAUCAGGAUUCUGAAAUUUCUCAGCCAAGAAUUCCACGUGGCAAAAUUCAGCAUCAAAUUUUUUUAUCUCCAAAAUUUAGACCUAAAAUUCUACGUGGCAAAAUUCAGCUUUAAUUCUGAAAAAUCGACAUUUUCCAGGUCUGCACACGGCAAAAGCGUUGUAUCGAAAAGGAGCAAACAUUAUUAUAACCUGUCGAGAUGAGGUGAAAGGACGAAAAGCGGUUGAGGAAAUUGCGAGUCAAAAUACAGCCGAGCAAAAAGAGCAACAAAAUGAAAACCAAAGAUUGCAUUUAUAUACUGUUGGUUUUUUUAAUUAAAAAAAAAUAAAAUAAAUUUCAAAACAUUUUUCAGCUCGAUAUAACUAACUAUAAUUCGAUUGUCGCGUUUUGCGAUGAAAUUUACAAGGAUUUCAAUAAAUUGCAUGUUAUUAUAAAUAAUGCCGGAAUUAUGGGAUGGCCGUUUGAGGUUAGAAAAUUUUCAAAAUUAGUUUCAGAAGUAUGUAACCAAUUAAAAAUUUCUGCCAAAAUUUAUUUUGGCGCCAAAAAACCAGAGGAAAAUUCGAAUUUGCAGCUAUCAGUUGAUGGAAUCGAAAUGCACUUCGCCACCAAUGUUUUUGGCCAUUUUGCAGUUUGCGAACGACUUCUUCCACUUUUAAUGCAUUCCGAUCGAGAGGAUUUCAAAUCGAGGAUUAUUGUGAUUGGAAGUGGAUUGUAUAAAAAUGUAAGAUGUCUUCUCAACUUUCACUUUUAAUAAAAAUCAGGCCUAUGCUGGAAAAUCAAAACCCGGAAAACGGAAAGUCGGAAAAUUUCCGGAUUUUUUGAACCGGAAAAUUUUUCAAAGUCGGAAAUUUCGAUUUUCAGCCUUAAGUUGGCACUAAAACUUAUUUUUAUCUACAAUUUUUCUAUUCACCGGUGAUUUAGUAACUAUUUGAGACGUUUUACGUUCAAAACAUAGUAAAAUUUGAAAAAUUGAAAAAAAAAUUGAAAAAAAAUUUCAUUUUUUCUAUCAUAAACUGAGAAAAUUUCUCAAAAUUUAGGCAAAAUUGUAAAUAUUACUAAAGAUCGUUUUCCGGAUUUUCCGAGUACAUUAUCCGGAAAACCGGAAAAUUGAUUUUUCCGUGAAAAAACCGGAAAAUCCGGUAUUUUAUGAGCUGGAAACUAAUUUAUAUCAGAUUUGGACGAUAAUCUUUUUUCAAGCUCAUAAAAUCCUGAUUUUACUAAAUUUGCCACGUCAUAACUCAUAUUAGGAGUUGAGCUCUGCAAUUUCAGACAACGGAAUAGUGAUCAGCGAGUCUGAAACUUUUCAGGCUCAUUCAAUGCCAGCGAUUCAAAAAUUGUUGGGCGAAGAAGGUUGGGAUUAUAAUGCGAAACAGGCUUAUGCAAUUAGUAAAUUGGGAAAUUGUUUGUAUACUGUGGCGAUGGCAAAGUAAGUGUCUAAAUUCUAAAUUUUUAAGAAUCUCAAGAAUUUUUUCAAAAAUUCUAAAGCUUUUGAAUUUGGAUCAAAAAUUUCAGAAUUUGAAUUAAAGCUAUAAAAAAAAUUCCAGAUUUUCAGCUUGAAAUUUCGAAAUUUUCAAGAGAAGAGUUCAAAAUUUCAGCCAAAAAACUUUCAGUUAAAAAAUUCAGAGUAACCUAAAAAAAUUAGAAAAAAUAGAAACUUUCAGUUUUCUAUAGAAAUUAUUACUAAAUUUUUGAACAAAAAUAUAUUUUUUUCUAAAAUUCUAAAAUUUUUGGGAUUUUGAUUAUUUGAAAAAAUGCAGAAAUUUGCCACGUCAUAACCAUUUUUCUCACAGGAUGCUCGAACAAUAUGACAUUGAUAUUUAUUGUGUUCGACCCGGUUUUGUAAAUGGCACCGAACUUGGCCGCGAAACUCAUUGGCUUCUCCGCGCUUUGGCCUAUCCGCUCAUUUGGCUGAUUGCCAAAAAUUUGGAUCAGGGAAUUGAGACGAUUGUGUAUUUGAGUGAAACUUCGGCUGAACAAUUGAAAAAUGGCGGGUUGUAUUAUGAUAAAAAAGAGGAGAAUUAUAAUCAAAUGGUUAAUACGGUAAGGGGUUUUGGGGGAGUUUUUUGGGUAAAAAAAAUUUGGGAAAAAUUCUGGAGAUUUUUUUUGAAAAUUUCCUGUUUUUAUUCAAAAAAUCAAGUAGAUCCAAAUUUUUCUGGAAUAAAAAUUGAGGAAAAUUCAAAAUUUCUGAAUUUUGCUCAUUGCUCAGGUUAAAAAAAUUCGAUUUUUUUGUGAAUUGCAAAAGUAUAAUCUGAGCAACGAACUUUGAAAAUAUCAAAUUUUCAAAAAUAAUUUUUUUUGAAGUUCAGGAAAAAAGUUAUUCAAAAAAAUUUUUUAAAGAAAAAUUUAAUCAAAUUCUUUCGAAAAACAACUCCUGAAUUUUUGUCUAGCAUUGCUCAGGUUAAAUAAAUUUGAUCUAGUUUUACAAUUUUUGUGAAUAGCAAAAAGUAUGCACUUUGAAAAUAUAAAAUUUUCAAUAAAUUUUUUUUUUUGAAUAACAUUUUUCCGGAAUCCGAGUUUUUUAUUAGGUCGAAAAAAAUCACUGUAUUUUCUCCCUAUUUUUUGACAUUUUCUGAAUCGAAAAUUUUUUUGAAAAGCAUUUUUCAACAGUUUCGGAAUCCCCAUACGUCGCAUACCCCUGUUUCAAAUCCGCCAGUGCAUACCCCUAUUUUUGAAAAAAAAAAACUGGGAUUCCGAAUCCCAGUUUUCAAAAUAAAUGUUUUUCUAUUUUUCGAAAAUCCCCAAAUUCCAGACAUCAAUCCGUCAAUUAUGGGCAACUCUAAUGCACAUCGAAGACGCGAUUUUCAAACGAAACCCCAAUUUAACCGAAUCCCAAAAAGGAACAGUCUACACUAUUCGAGACAAAUUGAACGAAUCAUUGAUUGGAUUCGAUGAAAAUUGCCAUGGAGAUCAAUAA